UAGGAACUGAUCAAAGUCAAGGGAAACCAAGUCGCGCCAGCUGAGCUAGAGGCGAUAUUGUUGGACCAUCCUGCAGUGGCCGAUGCUGCCGUCAUUGGUGUACCAAUGAAUGACGAUGAGCGCCCUCGAGCAUAUAUCGUGCUGAACUCCGGACAGAACGCCACCGACAGAGACAUCUUGUCAUUCAUGGACGACAAGGUUUCGCCGUUCAAAAGAAUCACCGGAGGAGUGGUGUUCAUCGACGCCAUCCCCAAGAAUCCAUCAGGGAAGAUCCUGCGAAAGAUGCUUCGUGAGCGUGCCGAUGGAGAGAUGCAGCCGACUGCAAGACUAUAGAUUUCUCUCUUCAUUGUCCUUGUAUCUGUCCUGUUCUUGCUUCUCCUAUAAACACAGUAGAAAGCCUGUUUUCCACGCCCAAUCAUUAGCCAGAGAAGCUAUUGGAGAAUACAGAGAUCUCCAAUAA